ACAUCGAAAUGGCGCGAUAUUACGAAAUGUCUGUCAAUGAAUUAUAAUGUUCAAGUGUUUGCCAAUCAUAGGGCCUUGUGGUCGACAUAUAGAUCAUAUUGAUAGACGUCAUUCAAAGCUUGAACAAGUUCCGGAUGAUGUCAUAAGAAAUUUUCGCACUUUAGAAGAGUGUCGUUUAGAUGCCAACCAAAUCAAGGAAUUACCAAAGAACUUUUUCCGCCUGAAGCGCAUUCGUCUCCUCACUCUGAGUGAUAAUGAACUAACACGCUUGCCAACUGGAAUCGGCAGCUUCUCUAAUCUUGUGGAGUUGGACAUUAGUAGAAAUGAUAUAUCUGAGCUUCCUGCGAGUAUUCGGUUCUGUGAUUCCUUACAGAGUUUGGAUGUAAGCAAUAAUCCUUUGCAAAGCUUACCUGCUGGGUUCUGCCAGUUGCGCAAUCUUCGAGUUUUAUGUCUUAAUGAUAUUUCAAUUGCUGAGCUUCCAGAAGAAAUAGGCAGUUUACAGUUACUAGAAAAAUUAGAACUUCGUGAUAAUUGUCUCAAGUCAAUACCAGAUUCUUUCGCUGAUCUUAUUCAUUUGGAGUUUCUUGAUCUUGGUGCCAAUGAGUUUCAAGAGUUGUCUCCCGUAAUUGGUCAGCUCUCUCAAUUGAGCGAAUUAUGGAUAGAUGAUAAUGAAUUGAGAUCAUUACCUGAAGAGUUGGGAAAUCUUGGGAAUUUGCAACAGUUGGAUUUAUCAGAAAACCUUAUUUCUACUCUGCCGGAAAGCAUCUCGGGAUUAGUUUCACUGUCGGACUUAAAUUUAUCACAAAAUAGCAUAACACAUUUACCAAAUGGCUUGGGUGAUUUAGACAAGUUGAUCAUUUUAAAACUCAAUCAAAAUCGACUGCUAACAGUAACACCAACUAUAGGAAACUGUUCCAGUUUACAAGAAUUAUAUUUAACUGAAAAUUUUCUUUCUAAACUCCCGUCUUCUAUUGGUAAUUUAGUCUCCAUGUUUCAUCUGAAUGUUGAUCAAAAUCAAUUGACUGAGUUACCCCCUGAGAUUGGUCAAUGUUCAUCACUCAAUAUUUUGUCUCUUCGAGAAAAUAACUUGCAUAGAUUACCUAAUGAAAUUGGUAAUUGUACACGUUUACGAGUUUUGGAUGUUUCUGGGAAUAGACUUGAUCGUUUACCAUUUAGUUUAUCAAGAUGCUCAUUGACAGCUUUAUGGCUUUCACAAAAUCAAUCUCAACCAGUUAUUACAUUACAAAGAGAUGUAGAUCCUGUUACACAAGAACAGUAUCUCACAUGUUAUUUACUACCACAGGAUCAACUAGACUCACGUGUUGAAACUGAUCCAACUAUGUCACCAUCUGAAUUAGACAGCUUUUCUGCGUCAUUAAACGCUAACAUUAAAACAAACCAUGAUUUACUUGACAAUAUCAGUGCUGAAAUAAAUCAUACCUAUGAGCCUGCAGAUAUGCAUAUAUCAAUUCCUCAAUCAGAUCUUUCAAAAAAUCGAAGUAUUUCACCGUCGAAACAUGAAUCGACUAAACCAUCGACUUCACCAUCAUCAACACUGAAUGAUAAUUCAGCAAUAACAAGUGAUCCUAAUUCAUUAAACAACCAUCAUUCAAUUAAUUCUACAACUAAUCCUACAAAAAAUUUACCAUAUUCAAAUUCACCUAUUAAUUCACCGUCAAAUGUAAAUGGUAAUUUAGAUUCAUCCUAUACAUUACCGAAUCAUAUGAAUGAUCUUUCUACCUCAUCUGCACAUUCAUCUCUAUCUAUGCAAACAUCUGCAUCAACUCGUGUUCAUUUCUCUGGUUCAGUUAAGCCUGAUGAGAUGGAUAAAUCAGGUUCCAAAGGUUUUCCAAAAACACGUCAUCCCCGUUCCGGUAAAAAAGCUACUGAUAAUCAUCUCAUUAGUGGUAAAGAUGAUUCCAGUCAAUGCAGAAGUACUAAUUUAAUUUCAAAUACAUUUUCUGAUGGCACUAGUUCUGCUAGUUCAUCAGAAUCUCUAAAUGAUGGAAGUGCUCCAAUCUCACUGUCGGAAUCAUUAAAUCAUGAUUGGAAAUCUUCAAAACCUAUUGAUUCUAAUUUUAACUCUUCCAUUUACCCAAAUCAUCUAAUAAAAUCGAAUGAUGGGAGUUCUGUGGUGACUAACGAUAAUCUUAUCUCCACCGAACCGACUGCCAAACCACGCAAUAAAUCUCAAAAUGUUACAGAAAUGUUUGCUAAUAAACCUCCUCAACCUUCUAAUUAUUUCAAUGAACACCCAGCGUCAAAAUCUACAGAAAUAAGUAAACCUAAAAUUUCUAGCGAUACCGUAAUUAGGAUGGCCUCCGCAGAAGAUACUUCAGAUGUUCAUUCCAAUCGUGGAUCUCCAGUGAAAAAGUUCCCCGAUACUUUGGAUGUACAAGGGAAUCCUGAUGAGGACGCCUAUAGUAGUGGAGGUGAAGAGAUUUACGUUAUUUCUAGACGAGUUGGAUUCACAGAUGAUGUAGAAGAUAAUGAAGAGAAAUCAAAUCAAAAACUUAUUCGACGUGAUACACCACAUUAUACAAAACGUGCUCGAAUUCAGUCAAAAACAGCUGAUGGGAUGGAUAGUGAAGAGGCAGUAUUGAAAAUAUUAGAAAAGUAUCGAGCAUCCGUUUCACCGAAUCCUGAUUCAAAUUCAACUGAUUUUGACGGAGCUGUAAAACGAUUUGCCUCCCCAUUUGGUGGAUUAAGUCCCCCUGAUAUCCCAUUACAAAGCCGUGACUUGCAUUCCCCGUCAUCGUUACAUAGACAACCUGUUGUCGGUUGUCAACAAGAACAAGUUGAAGUACACAUCCAUCGACAACCUAAUGCUGGUUUAGGUCUUAGCGUGGCUGGUGGGGUUGGGUCAAUACCAUUUCGUGGUUUAGAUCACGGUAUAUUUGUUAGUCGAUUAAAUCCUACUGGAUUGGCUGCCACUUCAGGACUUAAACUUGGCGAUAAACUAUUAGAGGUUAAUGGUGUUAGUCUUAUCAAUGUCGAACAUAAUGUUGCUGUGGCUGCUUUACGUGCCAAUACGAAUUACUUCCGUAUUCUAGUCGGUCGUGAUAUUCAAAUGUCUACGAAAACAGAUAAUUAUAAAAUUAUCCCUCCUAUGUUAUCAGAAACAAAAUUAAACCUGUCGACUCAAUCACCACAGGUUACGGGAAUUAUUAACACCAAAGAAAUACCUGAAUUUAUUCACUGUACAUUACACCGAGAAUUAAAUGGUCUAGGAUUUAGUAUUGCCGGUGGUCAAGGCUCACUUCCUCCAACAUUAGAUAAUGAAGCUAUAUAUAUCAGUAAAAUAACAGAAGGUGGAGCCGCUCAUAAACAAGGCCAACUUCGAAUUGGUGAUCAAAUUAUUAGCAUAAACGGUGUCGAUAUCAGAAACGCUCGUCACGAUGAAGCUAUUUCGUUGUUAACAAGUUCUAACGAUUCGGUAGACUUGGAAUUACUUCGUUAUAAUCCUGACACCACCGACAAUCUCGAUAGUCUUCCGAAAACAUCACCUAACGGUUUUGUAACGUCAUCAUCAAUUCUGACAGUUAAACGAUCGAAUAAUCCACAAAAUAUGACAAAGGCUACAGAUUUGACAAAUACAGACAGUCAUAUUUCUGAGAAAUGUGAUUCUCGGGUUUACUUAUAUAGUGAAAAAGGUAUCCCUGUGGAAAGAAUUACAGUUCGCAAUGAUGGUGGACCUUUGGGUUUAGCUAUCUGCGGAGGAUCCGAUAUUAGUUGCCUUCCGUUUGGUAACAAAGAACCAGGUAUUUUUAUAUCCAAGGUAAUAGUCGAUUGUUCGCAGAUGAAUCUCAUUUCACUAUGUUCCAUGUUAUACGCAAAUUUAUUUCUAUAAAGAAAUCGUGUAAUACAAAAAAGAACGCUUUGUAAGACUUAUCCUGUUAUACUGAGAAAACUGAAUGCAGCUAUGGGGAUAUUGUGCUUAGUCUGAUAAACUGGACGAUGAUAACUACUUCCUGCAAAUAUUUACUAAAUGUCAUAUGCUUUUGAUCUUCGACCAAGUUCAGAAAAGACAAACUGUUUAGGAGUCUUUAUUGUUCAGAAUCGUUAUAGUACUCGCAACAUUUUCGAGGUGGCUGAACUGAACUCGGGUGGGUGAUAACCUUCGUUAGCAAAAAAAAUUCUUUUACAAUGACUCGUUCAUAUUUGUAUCUAAAUUAUCAUGCGACACCAUAUGAUCUGGCUUCUUUUACUCAAAAUGUAUGUAGAGAAACAAACUUUAUGAAAUGGAAUGACAAUCUUCUUCGUUUUCACCAGUCAUUGCCUCGGACCAAUAUCGUGCAGUGCAUCUGCACAAGUAACAUACUUCCUUCUUUAUUAAACAUAUACGAUCUGCUUGGGCAGUUGUUAGACUUUUUAUUUUAUCCAAACUUCCAUGAAUGAAAUUCCGAGAAAAUCAUAGAAGAACAAUCAAUUAAACACUAUUUGUAUUAAUUCGAGCUUUGGUGGUUGUAGAAUUAAAGGUUCUUUUGACUGUAAAAAAACUGACUAGCCAGGAAUGUUUCUGUAUCAUAUUUAAGGGAUUCAUUUACUUUCCUUAAUCUUUACUUUGAUCAUUAUAGAUCUCCCUAGAUGGUGCAGCUCUUAAUACUGGCUUACGUAUCGGAGAUAGAGUGCUUAAAGUUAAUGGAGUCGACUUGAGACACGCUACACAUGAUGAAGCAGUACAAGCUUUAAUCCAGCCUGUUAAAGAACUACAAUUAGAUGUACGGAGAGAUCCACCGCCGCCAGGGCUAAGGCGUAUCACUGUGACGAAACGACCUGGAGAACGAUAUGGAUUACGGGUUACAGGUGGACUUAACACUGGUGAUAGUAACGUGAUAACUAAUUUAGCAUCACAUUACUCAACACUAGCCAAUGAUGACGGAAUAUUUGUUACAUGGGUUUCACCAGAUGGUGUCAUUGCUCGAGACGGCAGAUUGAAGCCAGGUGACAGAUUAUUGGAGGUCAAUGGACAUUGGUUAAUGGGAGUUACUCUUGAUGAAGUUUUGCACGUAAGAACUUUUCCAAUUUACGCUUAUCCUAAACAAGUAGAUUCAUGUAGAUCAGUUCUCGAAAUAAUAAUAAUAGCCGACGUCUUAAAAUCAUUGGCGAGGACCAUAAUCUUAAGAAACGUCUGAUCUGUUUGAUCACAUUGAUUCAUGACUUGGGAUAAUAUCAUGCGUAUCCACUAAGAUGAGACGCUUUGAUCAAUUACAUCUUUAAAUUAGUAUCUGAUAACACUAACUUACCAUAUACGCACUACUGCAUGAGUAAUAAUAUUUUGGUUAAAGCAGAAAAACUGUGUAGAAUGAUUUGUCACUGCUUUCAUCAAUAUAUUUGCACAAUAUUUACAUUUUACGCAGUAAUCUGUCGGUCGAUAAAAACUUCAAAUCAGUUAAUCAAGCGACUAGAACUCCUAUUUUAUGGUACAAAACUAGUUAUUUUCACAUUUUUUCCUAAGUCAGUCAGAACCCGUUUAUUUACAUCUGGCCGGAUUUGUAGAUGAAUUUCGUACUCACAGAAAUUAUAUAUGCUAAACAUACGAUUAUUGUUAUCUGUAAUAGACCCUGCAUGUCAAAGUCUGUAUACUUAAAUCCUGAAAUCCCCGUAGUCUAUGUGAAAUCUUAUCGUCCGGAGAUUCACCUGAAUAUCUAGUGAUUAGCGGUCAUAUACUUAAAACGACAGCAACAAACAAAUUAUGCCAAAUGAAUCGUCGAUUUUUGUGGUAAUUAUCAUUACCCCGUCUCAGUAAGUCCGGAAUUAUCAUCGUGUAUACCUUUAUAAUGAAUGUUAAUCUGUGCUGUCUAAAAUGGAAGUACAUAUUAUUCUUGACAGAUAUUUUGGGAAUCCAAAUCGACUCUGUCAUGUGUGGUAUGCGAUGGUCCAGUCGAAUUCGCUCUCCAGAUUAAUAAAACAAGCCAUCCAAGGAAUACUGAACCGUCUACAUAUUCUCCUGCUAUGCCAUUUUCUAUCAUACGCUCUACAGUGCCAGAAAUCGCUGAUGCAUCUGUCGACGAUAAUCCUACCUCUAACUCACAAUCAGAGAAAGUAAACAGCAUCCACAGAUUGGACUCAGAGGCUGCUGUACGUCACUAGCAUCAACUAAACUGAAUGGUGGUUGGCGCGAAAGCACUCGUGGUGAUAUUUAAAUUACUGUCUAAAUAUACAUUUUCUUUCCAUUUCAUCACCUUCAACUAGACCUUGAACCAAUCUUUUAAAUGACAUAGUGAUUUACUUACUCUUGUUAUUUUGUUCCGUGUAAAGAGUUGUACAGCGCCUUAUUAAUUUUUUAUUCCUUGCUCACAAUUUUAGUGAUGUAAGAACAUUUGUGUAUCUCCUUGUAAUCAAUAGCACAUACCCUCGUGCGCUUAUGUACUUUUUUAUGUUUGAAUUUCAAUAAAAAUAUUCAGUUUGUUUAAA